UAUAUUUUGCUGCCACUCUGGGUGUCGCUUCUUCUUGAGCUUUAAUGGCGUGAGAGAGUACGCGGGGGAGUACAGCUACGGUGCCCAGUAACCGUAUGCAAACCUUCAAUCUUUGCAUGCCUUACCAACCCUUCACAAAUGAAACCCAAAAACCCAAAUGAGAUGAUUUUUUCUUUUGAAAUGGAAAUGUAAUUGAAAAUUUCCAUCGCCAAGAGUCGCUUUCUUUUAGCUUCUUCUGUACCUGACUAAAAACGAUAUGUUUUCCGAGGGUGUAUUAUUGAGCCUGUACGAAUCGACGUCGAAAUGGGUUUUCUGAUUUUGUGAUUGCUCUGAUCGCUUGGACUGCGAUUUUUCUAUUUUUCUUUAUUUUUUGUUUUUCUGUUGGUAUCUCGUCUGGUUGUUGCUGGUCUUCGAGAGUGCGAAGAUGGUGAAAAAGAUCAGAGAUAACGUGAAGGAUGAUGAUGAGCUUGAAAUGUUGCUAGAAGAGAUUCCUCAAGCAACAUCGCAUAAUCUUCUUCAUCGGCUUCGACAUAUGUGUGGUGGGAGUGAUGAUCAGGCGGGCUUUGAAAGGCAGUCGAUUCAUGGAGUUUUUUAUGGCGAUGAUGAUGACCCUUCUUCACAAAUUAAGUUUCCUUCUGUCUCUUCACCUGUAAGCGGCUUCUCUCUGCGAUCAGAUGGUUCUUGUUCAAGUUUGUUUUCCAGUGGGCGACCUUUAUCUGACAAUGGAUCACCAACCCCUCCUCCAUUGGAAGAAUUUAAAUCAAGUAUGCUUUCUGGAGUUUCAAAUUACCCAAACAGCUUCUGCUUGGAUUCAGUGGCACCUGAUUACCCUGCCACAAAGAAGGCUAGUGAGAGCUUGGUUGAUGAACUGAACCUCUGUGCUCAUUUGAGGAACAUGUGCGUCAGCAAUCAAUAUGAGAAUUCUUGUAAUUUCAAAGAUGCAUCAAUGGGCAAGAAUGGGCUUCCAUUCCGUGGUAAUAGUUCUCUGGGUGAAAAUAAUCCAAUCGAUGCUUAUAAACAUGGAGAUUACGACAAUUUCAGGAGAGAAUUUUCCGACCGUGCGUUUGUUCAAUCCCCCUUUCCACCUUAUCCCAUGAGUUUUGAUGCCGAAAGAAACACAGCAUUGGCAGGAUUACCUCGGGAUUAUCAAAUGGGUAAUUUAUUUGAAUCACGACCAUGUUCCAGACAAGCUGGUACUAUCUAUUCUCAAUUUAAUGGCUUGUGUGGUUCAGUCUACUCUCCUUGGCAAAAAAGACAGCUGAUAAAUAGCUAUCAUUAUGGAGGAAAUUUGGUGACAGAGCGUGCUACUUCUUUGGGUGGACAUCCAUUGUUUGAUUCUUUACAUUAUGCACAGCAAAGUGGAAUGAAUUUGAUGGAGGACAGGGGCAUUUCAAGAUUGCCUGAUCCUUCCCUUUGUACCAAUUUAAGGCCUUAUUUGAGUGUUCAAGAUUUUCUGCAGCACAAUCUUCCUAGCUCUAAUGCAAGAGCUAUUCCACCUUCAAACGUUAGAAUCCCACAAGGUGGUCUAGAUGCCAUUACUAGUGAGGGAAGCUUCAUCAUUCAGGGUGAAGGUUUGAAACAUUUGCCUGUAAGAGGUUCUGAUGUUUCAUGGGGUCAUAGUAAGGGUGGUGUGCGCGAAGCUCACUUUGCGAAGCAUCUACAAAGGUCAGAGCUGGACAACCAGCCGCAGGUGUUACGAUCUUGUAAAAAUCCUCAGAGUGCUAGGAGUGGAUGCUCGUUCCCUUUAGUAACUGAGUAUAAUUCCCUCGCAGAAGUUCAGGGAUACAUAUAUUUAUUAGCCAAAGAUCAGCAUGGCUGUAGAUUCCUGCAAAGGGUGUUUGACGAGGGUACACCACAAGAUGUUCAAGUUAUAUUCUCUGAGAUCAUCGAACAUGUGGUGGAACUUAUGAUGAACCCUUUCGGCAAUUACCUUAUGCAGAAGUUGUUGGACGUGUGUACUGAAGAACAGAGGAUGCAGAUCCUACUCAUGAUUACUAAAGAACCAGGGCAGCUAGUCAGAAUCUCUUUAAACACUCAUGGCACUCGCGUGAUCCAGAAGCUGAUUGAAACUCUCAAGACUAAACAACAAAUUUUGCUUGCUGUAUCAGUCCUUGAACCAGGAUUCUUGGCUCUCAUCAAAGAUCUAAAUGGAAAUCAUGUAAUCCAGCGUUGUUUGCAGUGCUUGAGCAAUGAAGACAACAAGUUUAUAUUUGUUGCUGCUGCAAAGUAUUGUGUUGACAUUGCAACUCAUCAGCAUGGAUGUUGUGUUCUGCAAAGAUGUAUUGGUCAUUCCAGAGGGGAGCAUCGUCAACAACUGGUUGCGGAAAUAUCUGCUAAUGCAUUUCAGCUAGCUCAAGAUCAAUAUGGAAAUUAUGUUGUCCAAUAUAUCUUGGAGUUGAGGAUUCCAUCUGCCACUGCAAGUAUAAUUUCGCAAUUGGAAGGUAGUUACAUUCACCUGUCAACACAGAAGUUCAGCAGCCAUGUGGUUGAAAAAUGCCUUGCUGUAUUCAAUGAUGAACAUCGUGCACGAGUCAUCCAUGAAUUGCUUUCAGCUCCUCAUUUCGAACAGUUGCUUCAAGACCCACAUGCAAACUAUGUCAUUCAAUCAGCUCUUCGACAUUCUGAGGGCUAUGUGCAUAACAUACUGGUUGAUACAAUUGAGUCACACAAAGCGAUUUCGCGAAACAGCCCAUAUUCGAAGAAGAUUUUCUCGCAGAAGCUUCUGAAGAAAUGAUGUAUCUUGUCGCCAUUCACAAGAAGUUUUGUUGUUGUUCUAGUUUGCUAAAAGCAUGUUGGAAUCUACCUCUACUACUACACUUAUAUGCAUUGCAUGGUUAUUUAACUGUAAGUUGGGAUAUUGGUAGCCAUUCAAAGCUGUUAGCCUUUUUCAGAAGUGCUUAUGCAUUUUUCUUAGGCAGUUUAGGUCAAAGAAUGGAGUGGUGGAAGAGAAGAGGACAAUUUUGCUACUCCUAAUUUUUUUUUUUUAAAGAAUUGCGCAUGUAUUAUAUAUCUGUAUCUCCAACAACUCUUUGGAAAUUGUUAUCCUGUUAAUUAUGCUUUUUUCCCCUUUCUGUAUGGAACUGUGGAUGGUGUAUAUAUAAUAUUAAUUAGGAUAACACUUUCCUCUAUGAGGAUUAUUUCCUCUGUUUUGUGCACAAAGGAAUGGGUGGUGUGUGUUCCUUGUUAGUCUUUGAUAUCUCCUUUAGUUACUCAUUGCCAAAUUUGCAGGACUGAAUAAAAUCACCUAACGAUUGGCGGCCAUCCAAAGCCCAUAUCUUUUAAUUUAACCUGUGUAUGCUUACACAUGCUUGCAUCUCAAAGAUGUGGGCUUAGGAGACUCCACCUCAAGGUAACAUUCAGAUAGGAGGAAUGAGGGUAAACAGUAGAUUUCUUUCAAUAAGUUGGGACUAUGAUUUAAACUUCUAAUUACUAUUUGUUUAAGUGACAUGAGGUCCUAUCAAUCAUAUCAACUUGAGUUGGUGGUAUAAUUUACUCUUUAUUUUCCAUUGA